GGAAAAUUGAGUAGGGUCCGAGACGCUGAGAUCUGACUACACCCUAAUCGAAUCGGACUCGGCCAAGCUGUUGUACCCUCACCCGUGGAGCUCCGCAGAGACCAGCAGUGCUGGAUCACUCGAAACAAAGGAUAAGGCUCUGUUUUCUAGGCUGUUUCACUCAAUUCCGGACCGAGGUUGUCCUGACAACGACCCCUACUUGCAGAUGACUUCACCUUUCCUAACACACAGUGCUCUCUGCGGCUCCCGGGGGAGGUCAGCAGGCAGGAACUGAAAGGAUGCUUUUCUAGAGACCAGGGCUUUGUCCGACUUUUCGGAGUGUCUCGAGGAGGCUUGUAGUGAGAAGGUACCGAAGCUGGCAUCCGCCAGUCUGGAAGAAUGCCAUCCUUUUCGAGAGCAGAGAUGUUCAUGAUAAGGUGUUUCUUUUUCCCCCAUGGUACUAGUGAUUGACCCCAGGGCUUUAUGCCUGCUGGUUAAGCACCCUACCACCGAGCUACAUCUCCAGCCCUUCUGGUAUUUGAGACAGGGUCUCACGAAGUUGCCUUGGCUUGUUUUGAAACUGUAGCCCAGACAGGUUUUGAAGUUGCCCUUCUGCCUGCGCCUCCCUGGUAGCUGGGAUUACAGGCUUGGUACUACCUAGUCCUUCCUCAUUCAACACGUGGUAUUUAUGUAUUCAUUUACUGUUUGUGUGUGAGAGAGAGUGUGUGUGUGUAUGUGUAGGUCAGAAACCUACGAAGUCAGUUCUCACCUUGCACCAAUUCAGGAUGUCAGGCUUGGAAGCAAGUGCAUUUACCCACUGAGCAUUCUGGCCAGCCCCUGGGAUAUGUUUUACACCUAUGAGUAAUGAGAUGUGAGCUGUGCCGGGGAGCACUGAUAAGCGUUCUGAAACACAGUGGACUGGAAAAAUAGGGCUAGGGUGACCCAAGUGGAACUUAGUGUCACACCUUGACAACAACUUGAAAGUACACAGAGAACUCUGCUUCAAACACCUUCCUCCAAGAAGCAGGGUACACCUUCCUCCAAGAAGCAGGGUACACCUUCCUCCAAGAAGCAGGCUAGCCAAACAAAAACAACUGCUAGGAGGCAUUCCUAUGGCACUAGGUCAGGUGGCAGAUUGGCUCAUGUUCAAGCCCAUGGGCACCUGGAGGAACAGACCCCCCGGACUCUGCUGAAGAACAUCUUACUAACUGCCCCAGAAUCGUCUAUCGUGAUGCCAGACUCAGUGGUGAAGCCAGUACAAGUACCAGAGAUGGUGGAGUUUUCCAGACGGGAAAGCAGUCCGGGAAGCCCGGAGCUACAACUUCCUGAACUGGAACCCCCCUCAACCCAGGCUCCAGGUCUCCCAGCCACUGGCAAAAGGAAGCAAAGGCUGAGAUUGUCAGUAUUUCAGCAGGAAGUGAACCAGGGGUUGCCUCUCUCCCAAGAGCCACCUGGGAAUGCUGAUGUUUCAUCCUUGACCAGCUCCUUCAACCUCAGCUUUGCCCCACCUCUUCAGUCACAGUCAAUGAGGAGACCUGGUCUGGCCCGUAGACGCCCCAUACGCCGACCUGUGGAUGUAGGUGCUCUUUUGCAGGAUCUGGAAGAUAAUUCCUUGACCUCAGCUCUUCCAGGUGACACCCACAGAACCUCUGUUGCCACUCUGCCAACGGACGUAGUGCUGGAAGACACCCAGCCUUUCUCGCAGCCCUCGGGUGGCUGCUCCCUCAGAGCGCAUCACUCUCUGCCCACCCAUUCUCACCCUGGGGUUGAAGGUGCUCAAAGAGUCGUGGACUGUGGGACACAAAGCCCUGGGACCGGGCUGCAGAAGCAUACCCAUAUGUGUGCCCCAGAACCCCUGCCUAGGAGUUGGUCCUCACCCCGGAGCAGAAUCGGGUUGGCCGGGAGACCCUCAGUCACUGCUGUACUGCUGCCCCAGCUUGUUCCCCCCUCAGGGAGCAGCACCAGCUUUGGUUCUGCUCCUCCACCCCUCCUGGAGCCACAGCCUCAGCCUCCAGAACUAAGAGAAGCCGUAGGAUCCCAGGAGACUGUGGAGGCCAAGGAGCAAGAGGGCUCUUCGGGGGAUGAGGAGACUCCUGGAAGGCCAGCAAGUCCAGAGUUAGCCUCCAACGCCUAUGACUUACUCCAGGCCGAGCAGCCACACCAGCUUCUUGAGUCCCCCCCACCACCUGGAGUUGCACUUUCAGAGCCUCUGGAGUCUGUGCCAGCCAGGCUUCCUUCCAGGAAGAGAACUGCAGGUCCUAGGCACCGCCAAGACCCCUACAAGGCUGGACUGCACUACUACAUGAAGCUCUUCAGCUUCUAUACUAAGAUGCCUGUGGAGAAGAAGGCACUCGGGAUGGUGGAGAAGUGCCUAGACAAGUAUUUCCAGCACCUUUGCAGUGACCUGGAGGUGUUUUCUGCUCAUGCUGGCCGUAAGACUGUGAAGCUAGAGGAUUUAGAGCUGCUGUUGCGACGGCAGGGACUAGUCACGGAUCAAGUCUCGCUGCACGUGCUUGUGGAGCGGUACCUGCCCUUAGAGUACCGGCAGCUUCUCAUCCCCUGUGCAUUCAGCGGCAAUUCUGUCUUCCCUGCCCAGUAGUGGCCAGGCUUGGACCCACAUAAUUAUCAAGGUCUCUUUCUCAUCUCCUAGUCCCAAUAAAGUCUCACAAAUGGGUU